AUGCGGAAACCUUCUAUCGCCCAACUCGUGUAUAACAGCACGUUCCCUCAGCCGCGCCAGAAUGAUCCGGGAUCAUUUGCAGCCCAUGUCACCCGAAAUUUGGUGCCCGAAGUGCGACUAGAGACCAACAGAUUUUAUGGCCCUCUUGAUUGCAUUGAAGCCCAGUAUCCGGGAUUAGACUAUUCAUCUGCUCCCCAUCGCAUGCGACUGGGCCGAUUCCACUGGCACAAGAGGCUCUUCCGGACCUUUGAUGCGUUAGGAUUGACCCGAGAGGAAAUCCUAGAUUUGUGCUGCUGGGAAGGUACCAAAUCAGCGCGGACGCGACACGAACUUGAAGAAGACAUUAUAGUGCGGGACACUACUGGCGAUUCGAUCCAAUUAGCAGCACCUACCCCUCUCCCCUCGGUAACGGUGCACGAUGACUUCUGCGGGCCAGAAGAAGAGCAAGAUCAAUCCAUGGAGACGGGUAGUGACGGCACCGUGCGAGCGAGUGAUACUCGCAGUUCAAGUGUCAUGUCUGAUUACCCACCCAAUCAAUACGACGAGGACUACAGUGACGAAGAGAUGGAAAGCUGCGGGGUGGCAUUGAACCAUCGCCUCCUGGCUGCCAUGGCUGCACGCGACCAAGGGGCUGAUGUACCCCUUGAUGAAGACUAUGAACAAUGGCUAAAGGAAGCCGGGGAACGCGGAGGAUACGGCGACAUGGUCAAUGCGAUUCGAUCCAAUGCACCCUUGGGUUUCAUCCCAGCAGUACCGACAUCUGCCCUACGACACGAACAAACAGGCUUUGACGAGGGUCCCCUUGCAACCACACUUUCUGCAGAAGCAUUCCUCUACACGACCUCUAACUUGUUCGCCUCAAGCCCGGUCAUCUCUCAAACCAACAACACUUCCGGCACGGCACGCUGA